GGGCGGGGAGCGCGGGCGAGGGAGGCUGCGGGGGUUCGCGCCGCGCACGGGGCCGCCGCCGCCAUAGUGGGAGCUGUGGGCUUUAGGUGAGGAUUCAGAAUGGGAGACAAGCCUAUCUGGGAGCAGAUUGGGUCCAGCUUCGUACAACAUUACUACCAGCUUUUUGAUGCAGACAGGACUCAGUUAGGAGCAAUAUAUAUUGAUGCAUCAUGCCUUACGUGGGAAGGACAGCAGUUCCAGGGCAAGGCAGCUAUUGUUGAAAAACUCUCUAGCCUUCCUUUCCAAAAAAUCCAACACAGCAUCACAGCACAAGAUCACCAACCUACACCUGACAGCUGUAUACUCAGUAUGGUAGUGGGACAGCUUAAGGCUGAUGAAGAUCCCAUCAUGGGGUUCCACCAGAUAUUUCUAUUAAAGAACAUCAACGACGCCUGGGUUUGCACCAACGACAUGUUCAGGCUAGCACUGCACAACUUUGGCUGAGCUGCCCAGCCCCAGGCACCUGUGCUUUAUUUUUUGUUUGUUUGGGUUGAUUUUUUUUGUUGUUGUUGGGUUUUUUUCCCCUUCCCCCUCCUCUCCUCUUACUGGUAUUAUUCACACUCACAGAACAUUCCAAAUAUCAUACACAAAGCUGCAGCACUGUGGAGCGUGAGCAAGAGACACCCGUGGCCUGCCCUCCUGCUGAGUUUACAUUGUCACUAGAUGAGUUCCUUGUGCAUGAUGUUUGGAAGGUUAGACUUUAGCUGCCUUUUGACAAGAGAAAUUUGUGUUGUACCAGCAUGCCUGGGAAAGAAUUCCUGAUGCAAAAGGUUGUUGUUGUAUGUACUGCUGAGAUGCUCUAUAACCCAAAGAAGUGGAAGAACAGCAGCCUGUACAGCCCAGACAUUGAUUUGUUCAAGAUGUCUCAAUGCUACAUUACACAAUAAAACCAUGAGAUUUUCUUAACAGUUUAAA